CGGGCGACUCUAAACAAGCGUGUAUGGGCUAGUUAGCUAGCUUUGGCAAUGUACACGGAGGUCUGAAUUAAAUCCAUUUCUAUUCAUGGACGAAGGGGAGUGAAACUACAGUUCACAUCUUUGUAGUGAUGGAAAGCACGGACAUGGAAGAAUCGGAGGCCAUAGACGGGACGGAAAGGAUAUUUAAGAAACCGCUGUCCGCUAACUGGAUGCUACAUCAUCCCAAGUACCAAGAGCUGAUGGGUCUGGGUGUUGGCCAGACAGACAAAGCUCAGGUCUACGCUGCUUUCCUCGUUUAUUUGGACCUCACAGAAGUGCGCCAGUGGUAUGAAGUGUCCAGCAGGGAGAGCUGCGAGCUGCAUCUGGUGCUUCUGGAGGGGCGAGAAAGGGAAGGGGAGCCACCCCAGGUCAUCCUCCCACUGCCCGCACACAGAACGCUCAGCCACAAAUGGGUGCGGUCGAUACUGUGCAGGGUGUCCAGUGAGGGCCCUCCGACCACCAUGCUGCUGUGCGCUGUAGCUUCAGAUUCCAGCCUGGUAUACCAGCGGCUGUGCGCCGGGCUGCUGACCCCUGAACCACCCGUGGGGAUUGAGGACCAGGGGCGGAGGCAGCAUCGCAAGAGGAGACUGCACUGAGGGGAUACCCCCCACCGAUGGGAGACCACACAUCUCGCACCGCGGCCACCAAGACAGCCCACCCUAUUCCCAGGCCUCCGUCCCCUCAGUGGUACAGCAGACAAGAGAGACAAGGAGUUCUGUACAAGGGGGCUGUGUUCACUCAGUCUCAAACCCCAGGGGCUGGAGCCACCCACAACCUCUGAACUGGACUCUUAAAACCACAGACUCAGUGUAAAUGUAAUGUGUUCAUCAA